AUGUGCAACGUUAGAAGGUAUUUUCAGGCCUUGAUACUAUUUCCUUUCUUCUUACCAAGAUUCUUGGCGUAUAAACGCGUAGAUCCGAAAUAUCCACACAUAACAAGAUAUAAGCAAUAUAUUUUAGCCAAAAAACCGACUUGGGGACCUCCAAUCGAUAAACCAGUUGACGAUGAAAGCGUAAAGGAAUUUUUUGACCACGUUUUUUCCAAUCCGAUUUAUGAAACAUCCGUAACUUUAGAUCGUACUAAAACUCCAUCAUAUGUAAAGAAUAAUAACACCUUAAAAGGUUUGGGUAACAAAUCCUAUGAUAAGAUACUUGAGGAUAUAAGACAGGAUGUUGACGAAAGACUUUCUCAAGAGAGCCAGGAUUCGGAUGAUGAAAUAUCGCAGAAGGAUAGUCUGAAUGAUAGUUACAAAAUAAAUCUCAUACGACAGAUAAAAAGGGGUAUUUUGCAAGGCAACUUGCGACCAAUUUCUUCAAAAAAGAAUGUGCAACAUGAACGUUUAUACAAGUCUAAGCAUUUUACAAAUGGAAUGCACUAUAGAAAACUUGGUGAAACAGAUUUUGUAGUCAGCGAACUAUGCUUAGGAACUUCCAUGUUUGAUAACCCCGAAUUAAUUGAUUCCGAUCAUGCUAUUGAAAUUAUGGAGCAUGCAUAUAAACGCUAUGGAAUCAAUUAUUUUGACACAUGUGAAUAUGAUCCCUAUCCAUACGAACCAAGAAGUUAUUUAGAGGGACACCAUAAAACCUUAAAUACAUUCUUAAAAGGGAUUAAUAGACAAAAUAUCAUAAUAUCUGGGAGAAUAUCCUCAAGUAACCUGGGGAAACCCAAAACUUCUGGUCGAUUUUUAUCUUGGGUGCGAGACGAUAUUUUAGCUCCUCCGAACCUCAAAACAAUCGAAGGUGCAGUAGAUAAAUUACUAGAAAGUUUGGGAACAGACUAUUUGGAUAUUUUAUCUUUUGUUUAUCCCUAUCGCUAUGUACCCUUAUCACACCUAGGUGAGGAUACAUACUGUUGGUCCAAAGAUGUUCCAAGGAAAACCGAUAAAGACGAUUAUUAUACUAAAGAAUGGCUAAAUGCGCAAAUUGAAGCUCUAAAUAUCUUGGUUUCUAAGGGGAAAAUUAGGUCUGUUGGUCUUUCCAACGAUACGAUUUGGGGAAUGUAUGAAAUGAAGUACCAUAGUGAUAGAAAAUUCAAAUUAGCUGGUACACAACAGUUGUAUAAUCUAUUGCAUCGCAAUGAGGUUGAAUCUAGUGGAAUGAAUGAGGCAUCCUUAAAGGAACAUCUAAACUGUCCUAUAAUUGCAUACGGCAUAUUGGCUGGUGGGAUCUUGACUGGAAAGUACCUAAAUCCGGAAAGAGUAAAUCCAAUGGGAGCAGAUAAAGGCCCAGAGAUUGAGGAUUUUGGCGAUAUAUUUUCGAAAUAUAGAUCUGCAUUUCCUGAAGAUUAUGGUCACUUGGAUUUUGGACCAUCUAAUGCCCGAUGUAACAUAUUUCCCGAUACAUUUCAUACUCAUAGAACAGUAUGGUGUCAACAUGCUACCGCAGAAUAUUUAAAACUAGCUAGAACACACGGUAUGACGUUAUCGCAGCUGAGCAUGUCAUGGGUAUAUUCACGUCCAUUUAUAGGAUUCACUAUAAUUGGGCCACGCACAAUUGGUCAGUUGCAUGAAAGUAUGGCAACAUUGAGUUAUCCUGUGACUAAGGAAUUAGAAGAUGAUAUUCAUGAAAUAUUCUUAAGAUACAGAGCUCCAACUAUGGGUGGGCCACAGAUUUUGACACAUCUUGAUGAAUUUGAAGUACCUAUAUCGCAGAAUGAUCAUGUAAGAUAUGGUUCAAUUCCUAUAUGGAGUGGUGGUUCACAUUGGAAUAUGGAACACAUUCCAUCAUUGGAUAAAUUAAAAAUGAUAAAGUGCCAUAAGGAUCAAUACCAUGAUAUUAAAAUGAUGUUUGGUCUUUUUGACAAGCCUAACGAUUCUGCUUGGCCAAACUUCAGGUGUUGGGUAGAACGGUUAAAUGAAGGACUACCUGGAGAAUAUUUUGCUGUAAAGGAAAGUCAUUUAUUAGGUUGGAACACAAUGAAGUUUUCUGAGUUUGUAAUUUUGAAUAAAACACCUGAAGAGUUUGAGAAAGAAGAUACAACUUCUUUUCACUUUUAUUGGAAAAAUGGAAAGGUAUAUGUUGGACCUACAACCAAGGCCAUUUAUAACUUUUACAAAGAUAAAGAUGCUGUAAUGAAUGUGAUGAAACAACGAGAGAGAGAAUUUUGGCCAGCAAUCGAUACCAACGAGCCACCAGAAGAUUUAAUGAUUUGGUCAUCAGUAGACAUAGACCUAGUUUAUAAAAGACUAAUGGAAAUGCAUGGAAUAAAUGCGCUGGAUGAAAAGCAGUUGGAAAAAAUUUUAAAUGAGACAACUAUUGAUCAAUGUAAAUUGUUACCAGAGGAAAAGCUCUGCGAGAAAUUUGCAUACUUAAAAAAACAUCUUAAAUCAUAA